GGCUACAAAAAAAAUACAAUUUGAGGCUUGUGCGAGUCGAUUGAUUUUUGGCCUUUUUGUUCUUUUUAUUGUGAAACUACACUUUCAAUGCCGAUAAAGUAACAAAUUUAACCAUUAACUAUGGAUCAACCGGACACAUCCCAAGAAACCGAUGCACAGGAUUGUAUGAUCCUCCAAGUGCCUGCCAUAGAAGAACCCAUAGAUUCUGAUAACCAAGACCCGAUGUUGAAAGAGAACGUCAUGAACAUGUUCACGAGUGUCUGGGUGAAGGUCGAGAUGGAAGAAGAAGCCCCGAGCAAUAUCGUCGUUGAACCUGAUAUCACCCACUUCAGAGAAUCAACAAGAAAGAAACAAAAACCACUAUUGAAAUGUGACGUGUGUGAUUAUACUACAACGUACAAAAACUGCUUGAAGCUCCACAAACUGGGUCACGGAGGAGUGAAGCCAAACUCUUGCGAACUCUGCGACUACAGCACAAAAUAUCCUACAGCGUUGAACAGGCAUAUGGCUAUAAAACACCAAUCGGAAGAGCAGUUGAGCAAAAUGAGGUCGUCACCAAAUUAUAAAUGUGGCACCUGUGACUAUACUACUUAUUACAAAUGGAACCUGAACGCUCAUAUGCGAAAGCAUAAAGAUAACAAACAGUUUCAAUGCAGUGAAUGUGAUUAUACUACAGCGUACAGGCAUAACUUUCUUAAACACAGUAAAACGCACAACGAUAAUAUGGUUUAUAAAUGCGAUAAGUGUCCAUUUGUGACGAAAUAUGAUGGCCACAUCACUAGGCAUAUGGCCAAAAUACACAAUGAGGUUUCGGACAAAGCAAACAAGUGUGAAUAUUGCGAUUUUUCAACUAAGGUAAAUUGGAGGUUGACCGCUCAUAAGGUUAGAAGUAAACAAAAAGAGAUGUUGAAAUGCGAGUCAUGCGAUUUCGAAACUUAUUUCAUGUGCGAAAACAAAAAACAUAAAAGGACUCACACAAAAGUGUAUAAAAAGAACCAAAUACCUCUAGAAAUGGAAGACCAACCAACCGAUUCAAUAACUACCACAAAUAAAGAAUUUCAGUUCCUGAANUUCCUGAAGGAAGAAAAUGAAAAAGCAAAAGAAAAAGAUCAUGCAACACAUAAUUAUAUGCUAGAUGGGUUCGUAGAAUGGAAGAACAUUCAAGUUUUAGAAUCUGAGAACAAGGAUCGACCGUUUCUAUGCCAUAUGUGUAACUACACAUCGCGUUUCAAAGCGUCAGUCCAAAGACACUUUCAGAGACACCACACAAGCUCCCAGAUUCGUCCGUACAAAUGUGUUAAUUGUGACUUUGCAACGAAAACUAAAGAUCAGAUAGCGUUGCACAAUAAACGAAGCGAAUCUAAAGUCCCUAUGAGCUGUAAUUUAUGCCAGUUCACAACAAACUACAAGUGUCAAUACGUUAUGCAUCAGAAGUCUCACUACGAGUACAAGUGUACGAAGUGUGAGUAUAUUUGUAAGCAUAAAUAUGAGAUGCAGAAACAUGUUACAGCGGUACACCUCGGUGACGGUUUCAAAUGUCAGUAUUGCGGUUAUUUAGCUACAAGGAAAGAGAAUUUGCUCUCUCAUGAGACAACCCACACUGGGGUCAAACCGUUCCAUUGUACGGUGCCUCAGUGUGGGUAUAGAUCUAUAAGGAAGACGUUGCUUCGUAACCACAUGGCCCGUUUUCAUGGAGAUAUAAAAGACGAUGUUAAGAUUGUCAGCGAUAACAAGAUUCAGGCACUAAAAUUGCAUAUCGAACAUUUAUAAUAAGUUUUUGUGUUUAUUAACAUUGAUACUGUCUAGUAUUAACAUAGAUACCCUGCUGUCUACACUUUUUGUCGGCCGAUAGUUGGGUCGGUCGGGCUGUUAAUCAGUCAGUAUGAACAUGUAUGGAAGUACGCACA